AUGUUUCCUGAAAACGAAAACCCUGCAAUUGAGCAACCAUUCUCUUUUAAAGAAGUAAAGAACUGCCUCAGGAGACUCAAGAGCGGGAAAUCACCAGGCUGCGACGGGAUUCCCAACGAACUCCUGAAAAAUCUUCCUACGAACUGGAUACUAUACAUCCAAGCUAUGUUCAACCGCAUCUUAGAAAUCGGAGAAACACCAGUCUGCUGGUCUGAAGUCGUACUCACAAUGCUACAUAAAAAAGGCGACGUAAAUGAUCCCAAUAAUUUCAGAGGUAUCGCCCUGGUGAAUUGUAUAGCAAAAGUUUUUACACAACUGGUUAACCAGAGACUUGUGUCCUGGGCUGCUGACAACAAUCUGAUACCGGAAGAGCAAGCUGGUUUUUUAAAGGGCCGUGGAUGCCAAGACAAUGGCGCUUCGUGUUUCGGACUAUUUGUUGACUUCCGUAGAGCUUUUGACUCCAUACCCCAUCAUCUUCUUUGGCCCAAACUUCUCAGCAUCGGCCUCAGUAAGAAAAUUGUCAAGAUCCUACGCUGCAUCUACAACAAGACAACACUACGAGUCAGAUCAAACGGAGAUUUCUCUAAACCUGUGAAAGUUACAACUGGGGUACUCCAGGGCGAAACCCUGAGCCCCUUGCUAUUUAUUCUAUUCAUCUCUGAUAUAGUCUCCUUUUUCAGAGACAAAGGCCUAACCGGCCUGCAACUUAAUGGACUACGCGAUCUUUUAAUGCUGCUGUAUGCCGACGACCUGGUCAUCCUGCUCAGAAGACAAAUGGAUGUACUUAAAGCACUAAGAGCCCUUGAGGAUAGGUUCCGCAAGAAACUUCCUAAAUCCUUUAACUACAAGAAUUCUGCAGUUGAAGUUGUCAACUCAUACGUCUAUCUAGGAACAACGGUUACAACAACUGCUACUGGACGACGCGCUGCCUUGGAUGUCGUCAAAAAAUCCAAUGCAGCAUGUAGCGUCUCCCUCGGCAUACUGACUAGACUGCAUGCGGACUCGUGGGCCGGGAAGCAAAAAAUCUAUGGUGCAAUUGUCCGAACAACUCUUCUGUACCUAGCUGGAAUCUGGGGCCUUGAACAUCUUGAAACUAUCGAAAAAGCGCAAGUCGGCUUCUUCAAGAGGUUACUCCAACUACCUCGGUGUACCCCAGGAUACGCCAUACGGUUAGAAACAGGAGUUUCCCCACUCGCCGCCCAAGUCUUUGACGCUGCCCUUCGUUGGACGACGAGGAUUCUAAAAAUGGACAACAACCGACUGCCAAAAGUAUGCUUUUUGCGACUUUUGGAACUAUCGAACUUGGAAAAACAGCAUACAGCAGCAAAUAACCGCCCUCGGAACUGGGUCUCUCAGCUCAGAAGCAUACUUUGCGUCUUGAAACAUGAACACCUCGAUAAAUUAACACCUGCAGUCUGGGAGUCUAAAAGAAAUGACCUGGUUUCUGGUUAUACCAAACUUCUCCAAAAAGCGGACCUGGAGCGAUACAAUAACUCCAGCAGUUGCCAAAUUAUUUUACGACAAGCUCCCAGUUACUCUGCAGCUAAAUAUCUCAAGCGCUGCCCAUAUUAUGCACUCUUAACAUCAAAGCAUAGCUCAGACUGGCCACCGUCCAUGCUUGCAAUCUCACAAUCAACGGAGUAG